AAGGAAUGCUUUUUAGACCAGAAAAAUGAUGUUUUGAAAAAGCCCAAAAAAUCGAAAUUUUCCAAAGGGGUUAGUCCAUGAUUUUUGUAAAAACGUUCGAACUUGUCUCAUUUGUGUUUUUUCUGGCACAUCAAGCCAGAAAAGAUCGUUGUAUGGUAUUCUGGGUAAGAAAGCUUUUUAGACCAGAAUAGUGAAGUUUAAAAGAACGGAAGGGGAUGAAAAUUUUCUAAAGGGGUUAGUCUAGGGUUUCUGUCAAAAAAUCGAACUUUUUCUUAUCUUUGUUUUUGAGAGAAAUCAAGCCAGAAAAGAUCGUUUUUUUGAUGAAUUGCAUAGAAAAGGAUGUGUUUCAGACGAGAAAAGUAAAGUUAUAAAUAAGUCCAAAAAAUCGAAAUUGUCCAAAGCGGUUAGUCCAUGGUUUUUGAUCUGUGUUUGUUUGGCAAAUCGCGGCAGAAAAGAUCGUUGUUUUGAUCUUCUGGAUAAAAAAGAUGCUUUUGAGACAGGUAAAGUGACGUUUUGAAAAAGUCUAAUAAAAUCGAAACUUUCCAAAGUGGCUAGUCCAUGGUUUCCGUCAAAAUUUUGAAAUUACUUCACUUUUCUUUUAAGGGCAAAUAGGCUAAGUAAAAGUGCUCGGUUUCGCUUUAGAUAGAAAAGAAGCUUUUUUGGACUAUAAAAACAUUAAUUCAAAAGUCUAAAUAUUGUUAUUUUUUUCAAAGGUGUUAGUCCAUGGUUUUGGUCAAAAGCUUUAAGUUUUCUUCCAUGUUUUAGGCUAAAUAGGCUUAGAAAAAGUUUUUGGUAAUGUUGUACAUAGAAUCUAGCCUUUUUUGACUUUUCAAAGUCAAAUUUUUUAAGAAUAUAUCAAUUGAAAAAAUUCGAAAAAUUGGCAUUUUUUUAAAGGGUAUAGUCGAUGGUUUUGCUCAAAAUUUUUGAAAUUUCUAUAUUUUUUCUUUUUAGACCAGACGGGACAGGAAAAUGUGUUUGUCGGCUCUUUUAGAUUUGGGUUACACAAUGAUUUUGGGUCAAAAUGUUUACUUUAAGUAGAAAUAUACAAGAAAUUAAGUUAAGCUAUGUUUUAGGUAGACCUUGAAAUAGGGCUUCUAGAUCAGUUUUAAGUAGUUUGAAGUUAGCAGUUAUCUUAAUUUUUUGGGAUUUUUUCCAAAGGUGUUUAGCCUAUUGUGUUGGUUCUAAAUGUCAACCAUUUAUCUACGUUUGUUUAUGGUCAAAUCAAGAUAAGUCAAGAAAAAUGCUUUUAAAGUAGUAGUGAGCUUUUGUUACCCCUAUUUCUUUCAUUGGAAAUCAUAAUGGAAUAAUAAUGGCAGGUGAAAUAAUAAACACUUAACGACUACUCCCAAGGGAAACAGUCAAUUAUAUUUCCCGAGAAUCUCAAUGCUUCCCUAGGGAAACAAAAUUAACUGUUUCCCGAGGGACCAGUUUUAAAGUGAUUUGUUAGAAAAACCUUUUCGUGUAGAAAUUUAUGAAAAUAAAUCUCGCAAGCGGUCAACAUUCGCCGGUAACAGUGCAAUGUUACCCUCUCACGUCAUAGAAUUUGCAAUGUAGCCCGCUCAAAGAUUUUGGCGGGAAACAGUUUCAUAGUUAGAUGUGAUCAGAAGUAACCAAUGAGAGCGCGCGCUGUCGGGAAAAAAAUGCCAGCUAUAUAACAAAAUGUAAUAAUAAACAAUGCGUAUUGUUCGAUGAUCAGCUAAGAUAAGGUACAAUUAUCGAAUAGGCGUGAUUAGCUGAUACUUAGCGGAUGAUAAGGUGAAGAUCAGUUAUAAUAAGGUGGUGAUUAUGUUCUGAUUGGUUAAAAAGGUGAUUUCUAGGUUUGAUACGGUAAAGGUUAGUUAUGAAUUGGGGAAGUGAUGACUUCACAAAAACAAAAUUUGUAAAGUUACGGGAUAUGUUGGCAUAUCCAGACGGAGCAAUAUGAAAAAAGCGCCGUUGCAAAAAGUUAGACUUUUUCGGUGGAUAGAUAUAAGCACUGUUAUGCUCUGAUGACUCUAUACAAAUCUUUCAGUUUAAAACUGGCUUGGAUCGUAACGUUUACGAUCUAGGCCUGCUAACCAAUCACAUAAUUUUUACAAUUAAUUUGAACUUUUGUGACGGCACAUUUCUUCUCUCUAUAAGGUAUUAUAAGGUUCAGAUUUGGGUUGAUUAGGGGUAUAUUUGUAUGAACAGAAGGUUAGGUAUGUUUCGGGUGAUGAUUAUAAUUCAUUAAUGAUUGAGUAAAAAUGGGUUUAUUGUUAGGUAAAUUUUAGUGGAAAUUUCAGACAAAAAACACUCUUACCUCUUUUUUUAAGAAGUAAGAUGCCGCCAACUAAAAUCGAAGUCCUCGUGACAUCGCCUAACACCAUUUCCUGCCUUCCUUUGACCAAAAAUAAACAGAGAAGAUAUUUCAGCUUUUAGUCGGAAAUCACAAGGUACCGCCUUCGGAAAAUGUAAGAUGGUCGCCAGAAAAAAUGGACGUCUUGGUAUGUGGACUAAGUGCCCUCUUGCCCGCUCAAAAACACUACCAUGAACCAUUGCUUGGUUCUAGGUCACAGUAUUCAAUUAGGCAGUAAUAAUUGUUCUGACCUCGCUUGAUGGGGCAAAAUAUGCAAGAUGGUUAGGUUUGUAGACCAAAUCAUCACUUUAAAAAGACGCAAAUAAACAAAAUCUUCUCAAUUACGAUUAUAUCAGUAAAAGAUAUUUGUAAUUUCAUGGCAAAAUAUUUGACUACCCGCUUUGGAAAACUAAAAGAUGCCCGUAAGCCAAUUCUCGGUAAGUGGUCUACAUCACCAAACAUUGCCAAGGACCAUUUCCACGUCGUGAUUCAAUGUUAACAUCCGCAUCAUCGACAUCGGCGAAGUGAAACUCGAAGAUGCAAGCAUUUUGGCUUAGUGUUACAAGGGUACUGUGAGCUGGAAAUGAUGCGUUAUAGCAGAGCUCUCGCACGCGAAGGGCGCCAGCGGAGCUCCACGGGUAAGAAAAUUUGGUAAACUAUCCAUCCGAGAAAAUUUGGUUAUGACGUAGUGUACGAACGACCGUCCGUACACUCACUACAGGUAAGCCGAUGCCAAAUGUCAGGUUAUUUUGGCGGGAAAGCGUAUGGCCACCCGCGUCUUGUGAAGCAGACAAAAUAAAGAGUCAAUAAAGACGAAAACGGAAAGGGGAAAAUGUUUCUGUAUCCGUGCUUUUUUUUUUGAAGUAUUAAGCUUAGAUUAAUUGUAAUGUCCACAAAUUUGGAAUAUAGAGAAAGAGAAAGACAGAGAAAAAGAAAAAGUAAGGCGACAGACUAGCGAAGCUCAACGAGAAAAGGAGCUAGAGCGAGAGGGAAAAAACAAAAGGAGACAUUUUCUGUUGGAGGAACAAAAUGAAAUUUUGUAGCGGCGGGAUGUUACCGUCCACCAGGGUGAAAAUGAGCGACAGUGAAAAAAGAGUGAACAAGAACACGUCCGACAUUCCCUCCAUAAAACGCGUAACUAGGGAGUUUCUGGAAGUUUCACGUAACAGUCGUGCAAAACAACGGAAAGAAAUGAACAAAAAAAGUGUGCUGCACGUGCAAAGUUGCUUUUUUGCUAAUUAGACCUAUUGUUUUUUUUUACCGUUCUCGUUGCCUUCGCCGCUUAGCAUUACACGAUUUUAUAUUUUGUUUGAGCAAACUAUAAAAAUUAUCGAGAGCAUCGCUUUUAGCCCUGGCUAAAUCAGUAUAUUAUGUUACUAUAACAGCUGUCUUGUUCGUCACGGAGAAUAUUUUGCCUUCUCGUCAUCUUGUUGGGCAGCGAAAGGGGGACUGUAACAUACCACAUGACCAAAGAGGUGGUAAAAAUAUGAAUAUUGGAAAUAGAGAGUCUGACAUUAGAGAGCUUUAGAGUCAAACCAACGCCCACAUCAACGUCAUUAAGGCGGAAAAAUAUGAUAGCCAUCGUCAUUCUACUACGAGUUUAAGCGAGAAUGUCGUAGUGGCGAAAACAAGUUAUAUCAAUUGGCGAUCGGGAAAGGGCUUUACCUCCUUCAGCGGAGAUAAACAAACUAACGGUUGUGGUAAAAAAAAGUACGAUAAGGCUUUCCAGGGUGUCUUUGUUUCGAGAAUAGGCGAUAAAACUUAAAAUUAAAUGUAGUCCUCGUGGUCGUCCUAGUCCUGGAAUCCAAAGCUGUCUAUUCACCAACACGGACGACUUAUUGAGUACUGUCUAAUGGCACAAAUAUUUUGAGUAGAGUAGUGAAUGUUGUAGUUUUUUAAAAAAUAACAAAAAGCAAGACAUGUUACAAUUUAUUUAUAUAUAAAUAAUUUUCCUCGUUGCUUAAGAGCAAAAAAGGUGUUUUUAUUUCAGCGCUUUGUAACCUUUCGAUGAGUCCGUCGACGGUUAUCAUAAAUCCAUUACCGAUCAUAGCGUCUAUGGACGAGGUAGAAAAGGGGAAAAUGAAUGCAAGCAACAAGUGAUAGUUUGUACCCUGUUUUAUUCGUGGAUAAAUAAAACUCGUGCUUAAAGUUGCGAGAACCGUUUUGCAAUAGAAGCAAGUUUUACUAAAAAAAAAUCAGCAUUGAAAACGAUACAAAAAGGGUAGGUCAUACAAAUCAUGGACAGGAAUUUACGUGCAGGUUAUGGUAGCAUAAUAAAUAGGUCACCAGGGAGUGCUCGUUCACAUGGCAGAGUCCUGUGAAUUAAGAAAAAAUAUAUUAAAAGUACUUUUAUAUAUAAACUACAUAACAGAAUAGUGUAUGGCGGUGAAGCAAUACACCCUGUAUGAUAUUGGUGGCGGCAGUUGUGAAAGUCUUUACGUGACAACACUGUUGUUGGUAGUGGUGGUAGCAAUAGGAAAGUAGUGGUAAUAAUGGUAAUGGUAGUGACACUAGUAGUAUUGGUAAUAGGGAUUGCAACGGUAGUGGUGGUGGCCAUUGAGGUGGAAUUAGGGGUGGUAGUGACAAUAUUGGUGGUAGUGAUGGUGGGAGAAGUAGUACUGGUGAUAGUGCUGGUAGUGUGCGAUAGCGCUGAUGAUAGUGGUAGCGGCCACGUUCACACUGGAAAUAAUGGUAGUGUAGCAGUGGUGGUGAUAGUGAUAGUGGUGAUAUUGGUGGUGGUGUUCACUAACGCUGGUGAUAGUCGCAAUGGUUGUGGUAGUGGUAGUAGUAACGGUCACACUGCAAGUAAUGGUAGUGGCAGAAGUGGUGGUGGUAUAAAUGAUAGUGGUGAUAAUUGUAAUGGUGUUCACCCACGCUGGUGA